ACUUCACCCAGGCACACCCUGGCUCACCUAGGCUUACCUAGACACUUUUUAGGCCACUUGGGCACAUCCUAACACACCUAGACACCUUUUAGGCUACUUAGGUACAUUCUAGUUCAUCUAGGCACAUCUUAGCUCAACCAGGCACUCCCUAGACCACCUAAGCUCACUUAAGCUCACCUAAGCUCACCUAAGCUCACUCGAGCUAACAUCAAAUUACUUAGUACUUGAGUUCAUGUUCAGCUCACUAGGUGGCACCUUAGCUCAUCUCAACUCAUUGAGUUGCACAUUAGCUUAACUCACUUGAUUUAGUUCACAUAGUUGCAUUUUACGAUUUUUUCUAGUUCACUUUAGUUUAGGUGCACUUUAUAAUAGUUAAUUUAGAUGCAUAUUUAGUUCACUCUAAUUUAGAUGCACUUUAGGAUAGUUCAUCUUAGUUGCACAUUAGUUCAUUCCAUUUAGGGACACUCUAAGUUAGUUUAGCUCAUUUCAGCUCAUUGAGUUGCACAUUAGCUUAUCUCACUUGAUUUAGUUCACUUAGUUGCAUUUUAGGAUUUUUUCUAGUUCACUUUAGUUUAUGUGCAUUUUGGGGUAGUUAAUUUAGAUGCAUAUUUAGUUCACUUUAGUUUAGAUGCACUUUAGGAUAGGUUCAUCUUAGUUUCACAUUAGUUCAUUCCAUUUAAGGACACUAAGUUAGUUUUUCUAGUUCUUGUUUAGGUAUUUUAUCUAGUCACUUUUUAGGAUUCCUUUUAGGUAUGUUUUAAGACAACAUUGCAUUUACCUUGUUUGGAUUUUUCCUGGAGAUUGAGUUUGUUUUUUUAAAAUGAAGGGGCCACAUUUGGAUGUAUUACAUAGCUACAUGGAGAGUUUUUGAAUAAGGAAAGAGUGGACUUGCAGCAUUGCCAUAUGGAAAACAGAAGAUUCAUGACAUGCAAGGAAUUUGUAGAAAAAAAAGGCUCUCAUGGUGAUGGACGGCAAAGAGAUAAGGAAAAGGUGGACUUGAGAGUCCACGGCCACAUGGUGAAUUUUGUUUUGAUAGGGAAAUUAGAGAUUUUGAAAAUCAAAGGGACCCAUUUAUGGAUAUACACUGGCUGCCACAUCUUUUGAGGAUUCACACGCACAUGAGGAUCUUUUGGGAAGUCCAUGGCUGCCCAUAAGGUAGGAGGAGGUAUCAUUCACUCAAUAUGGGAGGUUCAGAUUUAAGUGGAAAUAUUAGAAAGGACUCCCCAUGAGUGGUGCGGCUACCAUGGUAAAAAAAGAAGAAUACACUGUUAUAUUGACUUUUGGAUAUGAAAAGGAAUUUGAAGUUGAGUGGAGUCUUAUGGAAGGUGUGGCAUUGAUGUUUGGAUAUGGGAAGGAGACCUACACGACAAGGUUUAGUUUGAAAAAAGGAUUUACACACAUGAGACAGACUUGGAUGGAAAAAAGGGGAUUUAUUUUGAGAGAAAAUCUUAAUAAGGAAAUUUGACCCAGGAAACCUAAGGGAAGGAUAGAGAUCAUGGGAAAUUUUUUUCACGCACAUGGAAGAGGCAUUGGGAGUCCAUGGCAAGAGGAAUCUUGUUUUGGGAAGAGUCCUCAUUAAGGGAGGUAAGAUCAUGGCUUUAAGAAGGAAUCCGGGCUGCAUAUAGGGGGUGGGCAGAUCACGGCUGAAGGUAAGAGGAAAGGAGAUUUUUAUUUUUUUUAAAAAGGGGGCAAUGCGGCUUUUUGAAAAGGAGUAUGACCAGAUUUUUGAGGAGAGGAAACAUGGUUUUUUGAAGAGGAGCUUGGCCAGAUUUUUGAGGGGAGGCUACAUGACUUUUUGAAGAGAAGCAUGACCAGAUUUUUGUGGGGGGCAACACAGCUUUUUGAAGAGGAGCUUCACCAGAUUUUUGAGAGGACUCACAGCGGAUCUUCAAAGCAUCAUGGCUGAAGAAAAAUCAGAGAAUAUCAUGGCUGCAUCUUGAAAGGGAUUGAAGGUUUACACUGGGCUAAAAGCUUUGCAAACCCCUUGUGCUCCAGAGCCAUUUCCUACUCCAAUGGAUUCUGCUGGUGAUUCUAGUAAUUUGCCAACUGCUCUCUGAAAAGAAUGCUGAUUGGUGUAUGAAAGAAUCUGACUGGCACAAGAGAGAGGCUGAUUUACAUUUACAAGUACAACAACUUAUAGAGAGGACAACUUAUUUGGAGCGCUUGUCAAGUGAAAUGCAUGGCAGAGGGUCAGGAUUAGUUGCUGCAAGGGGACAUAACUUUGCUGAAAAUUUUGGCAGACGGGGUUCCUCUUGCAACUUUGUAUUACAGAAAGAGUUGCAGGUAGAUGGUGCGCGAUAUUUUGAUAUAGAUGCUUCUGGUGAAAUUUUGGUGAUCGCUAGAAGGCUUUCUGGGACGGGAGGAACACAUGUACUUACCAAAAUGAGCUUGAUAUCUCCACAUGAAAUUGAAGAUAUUCUACUUCCUUCUGGUACAAAAGCUGUUAAGGACUUGCGUGUUUCCCCUGCUAAGUGUAGACUUGCACUUUUGGCUUCACUGGGGAAGAAAUUAUCAGUUCUUAGUAUGGAAAGCAACAAUGUUAUUCUCACAUAUGAUUUGCCAACGGCUGCUUGGUCAUGUUCAUGGGAUCUGAACAGUUCGCAUUAUAUGUAUGCUGGAUUACAGAAUGGCAUGCUUAUGGUGUUUGAUAUGCGCCAAACUGCAAGGCCAAUGGCAGAAAUUAGUGGGCCCACAAGCAAUCCCAUUCAUACUAUACAAUCUGUUCUACACAACUCAACCCUCCCAUCAGGUGUUAGCACCCUUCUAUCUGCUUCUUCAGUUGGUUUGUGCCAGUGGAACUUUGGUGGAAGUGAAGAGAGGCCAUUUCUGGUUCCUGAAACUAAGAAUCACGGAGUUUGCAUAUCCCUUGCUCAUUGUCCGAGCAGUGAUAACAUUGUUUCUACUUUUCGUCCCAAAGUUGAGAUGUCUAAUGAGAUUGCUGUUUCUCAAUAUUCACUUACUCCAUCUGUUAUGGGGCAAGGGAUGCAGGGUUCCCAUGUUCUUCUCAAGAGAGUGGGUGGCAAUUGCUAUCAAAAGUUGGGAUCUUCAUGUGCAAAUGUAAAUGAUAUUCGCCUGCAGAGAUCUGCAAUUAUAGAUUUACAGAGCCACCACCCACUGUUUGUAUCUGGGGAUGAAAUAACACAUGAAUUAGUAUUGCAAGAAUUGCCAUCUUUAAGAGUUUCUCAACGCCUCAAGUCUCAGAAACAUCCUCUCCGUGAUGUUAAGUACUCACAUGAUCUAAGCCCAAGCUUGCUUUGUUGUUUAAGUGAGGACACCUUGCAGUUUUUUUCUGCCAAAUUUUCAUGAAAAAGGUAACUUCGUUUCGGUGGUGAUAUCCUUGCCUCACUUGCUUUGGUUCAUUCUUUUCAUCAAAUGGGUCAUGUUACCAAUCAUCUAGAAUGUUCACAUAUUUACAAAUUUUGUAGAUUAUGGCAUAUUGUAAUAGUUUCAAUAGGGGACCAGUUACAUUUUGAAAUUAUUUGUAGAGGUGAUGAAUGUAAAGUUUACUCCUUAUUUGGUAAGAAGUGCAUUUUGUUUUUUCUUUUGAGAAA